GGUGCUACGGUGCUCUGAUAUUCCAGAUGUUGACAUCGAUUAGUUUGAGCGCAGCCAGCGUCUUUUCGGAGUGACUAGAAUGAUCCCUAUUAUAUGGCCUUUAGCUUUAGGCUUGUUUUCAUUGCCCCUUUAUAACGCUGAAUAUAGGGGACCUUUGCUCCCCGAGAUGUCAAACGGGACGUUUCACCACUUUUUCGUUCCAGACGGGGAUUACGAGAACACUGAAGAUCUAGAGAAAUGUCAAAUGCUUUUUAAAUGGCUUGACCGCAGACCAUGUGAAGUGGACGAAGAGCGGGAUUCGGUUAUUCGCGACGAUUUUAUUAUUGUUAAGCAACAAGUCGAAGACUCUGCGAGAAUUUUCGAAGGCCUUGGAAGAAGUAUUUUGUACGAUUUGGACGGAGAAGAUUCUUACGGGAAAUAUCUGAGACGGGAGAUUGAUCAAAUCAGCGAGGCUUUUUCGAACGUAGAAAAAUCUCUUCUUGAGCUGGAAGGAAAAUUCAGACAAGGGCAGGAUUCGGACCAAAGAGAGGAGCAGGAGUUAACCAGAAACCUCUUAACCCCAAUGAACAACGUGAGAAACACUGUACAGGAGACUGUGGACAUCUCUGCGGGGCUAAAGGAUAAACACCAUCUUAUCUCUCUCAUUAUCCGUAGCCAUGGAACGAGGUUAAGCCGACUCAAAAAUGAAUAUCUGAAUAUUUAGGUCUAGUUGUUAAUAUAAAAAAAUAAUUAUUUGUCUUUUGUCUUUGUCUUUGUGUGUAAUGACUCUCAAGACAGUAUGGGUUGGAAA